CGUCUUUAUUUUACUUGAUGCUGUUUUUAUUCCAGGGCUUGACAGCGUGGUGGUGCUGGUGGCAGUGUGGAGCUCCUCUCUGCUGCAGCCGCACUGAUGCUCUCUGCGGUUUGAUCCUAAUUAAAUGACAAUUAAAAGCAAGAAACAUCUCAAUUGCAGCGGAAACAUACGAAAUACUUCUCCUGGUUUUUUUUCUGUCAAGGAAAGAAAACCCGGCAGGCUAAAGGCUUUAUUGUCAUUUCACUGGUAGGAUGUCGUCAUCUGAAAAUGCUGAGUCACAUAAAGAUUGUGAAGCAUCACCGCCCCCAUCAGAGGCUGAACCCCUGAGGAUUGUUCUGUUGGGGAGGACAGGAACAGGCAGGAGCUCGACAGGAAACACCAUCCUGGGCCGCUCUGCCUUCUGGGUCAACGUCUCCCCUUGUUCUGUCACCACACAGUGCCAGAGACAGACUGGGACAGUAGACGGGCGGAGCAUCACUGUGAUUGACACUCCGGGUUUCCUGCACACACAGCUGUCCCCUGAGGAUGUCCUGACAGAAGUGGGACAAUGUGUUGCCCUGUCCUCUCCGGGACCACAUGCCUUCCUGGUGACCCUGCAGACUGGCAGGUUCACCCAGGAGGAGAAGGACGCCUUAGAGUGGAUCAAGGCUACGUUUGGACCUGGAGCCAGCAGGUUUACUAUGGUGUUGUUCACCUGGGGGGACCAGCUGCACGGCAAACCCAUCGAGGACUUCCUGAGAGAGAGCAGAGAGCUGUCAGAAUUUGUCAGCAGCUGCCAUGGGGGGUACCACGUCUUUGAUAAUAGUGAACAGGACAACACAGAGUGCUCACAACAAGUGGUGCAGCUGCUGAAGAAGAUAGACGAGACCGUGAUGAAGAAUGGAGGCGGUUGCUAUAACGAUGAGAUGUUCAAGGAAGCUGAGAGGGCCAUCAGGGUGGUGCAAGAGAGGAUUCUGGGAGAAAGAAGACUCAGGGUGGGGUCACCUCAGAAGAAAGUCAAAGAGGAGCAGGGUGCAGAGUCAGAGAGGAGGAGGGAAGAGGAGGCGCGAAGGAGGGAGGAAGACGAGGCCAGGAAAAGAGCGGAGAGGCUCUUCUGGUGCGAACUGCUGACCGCGGUGGGGAAAGGUGCAGCAGAGGGGGCGGGGAUCCUGGGGAAAGACGAAGGCAAAGGGAAGGCUGUGAAGAAGGUGAAGGUGGUGGAGAGGGCAGCAGCUCUGGCAGCAUCGCCGCUCUCCAUCACUUCAGCCGCAAAAGCGGUAGGAGGAGCCGUGAGAGAGGGAGGCAAGGUGUUAUACAAACACAGUAAAACUUUCAUGAAAACUCCUCAUUAAACACAGUCAGAGUCAAGUGUCCCUUAAUGCAGAAAAAAGAGUAAUUUAGCUGUGUUCUUUUCAUUGUACAUCUAAUGCUAUCAAUCUCUGUUUAAC